UUUGGGUACAGGAGGGACAGGAAAACUUCAUUUUGUUGAACAGAGUAAAAUGUAAUUUUACUUGGGCCAUCUGUUACCCCAUCACUACGUUGCUGUGGGGAUGCAAUUCCACACCGGAGGGGGGGCAAAAAUCCUUAAAAACUAACCCAAAAGGAGCCCAGCGAGCUGAGGGCUGCCCGGAUCCGGGGGGGGACCGCGGGUUCGAGGCUGCCCCCGGUCCCCACGGGCCCCGGGGGGCGGUGGCGGUGCUGGCUCGGGGCCCGGCCCGGCCCGGCCCGGCCCGGCGGGGAGGCGCCGACACGUGGCCGAGGCCCGGCGGGGGAAGGCCGGGAGGGAAGAAGGAGAGAAGAGAAGGAGGAGGGAAGGAGAGAAGGAGGAGGCCGGCUCGGGGUGAGGCGGCGGGGCCGGAAGGCUCUGCCCUGCCCGCAUGGCCGCGGGUGGCACCGCGGUGCCGUGUGGCGCCCAGCCCGGCUCCGGAGCCUCGCAGCGCCGCGGCAUGAGGAAGGACGGCGCCGGGGACCCCUUUUGGCCAAGGAGGGAAGACCAAAGCACCCAGAAGAGAAAUCGAUGGCCAAAGGCUGCACUACAAAGCCCUGGGCAGAUCCAGCAGUCAACGUGGAGACAACGCUUUGGAUGGUGCCUCCAGGAGAGAAACAGAGCACAGAGAAGUUAGUGUGUCCUGGGAAGGAAAUGGCUCCCGAAACCACUCUGCAUCUCCCAGCCUCUGGCUACACCUGAAGACAAGGGAUUAUUAUAGCAGUUUCUUUAAGCUCCACAGAUAAAAGGGCUUGUACCACUGGCCACAUGCUGGCCUUCAGUCGCCUGACUGCGCUCUUUGCCCGGAGCCAGAGGUCACGUUGUUUUUCUGAGCUCAGUGCCCCAAUCUUUUGUCAACACGAUGCUGUGGUUUUAGUUGAUUUUUUUUUUUUUUUGGUGAUUGGGUUUUUUAGUCAUCCAAGCUCCUCACCCUGAAUUUAAGCACGUAUUUCAUUUAUAGCUGAUCCGUGUAUGUCCUCAGAUCAGUGUGCAAAGCAUGCGUGUGCUUUAUUAUUACAUUUUCCCACCUCCUCCACCUGGACUAAACAACUAUUUCCAGCUCAUGAGAGCUGCUGAAAUCUAAUUUCAUCUUUGCUUUUGCCGAAAGCAAGAAAUGAAGAGAGGGAAUAAACUGAGAGCUGUGCUUGCUGAACACCACUUUGUUGCCAUCUGUGGCUCUGCGGAAGAAGUUUGUGCACAGGAGGCUAACAGGAAAUCAGCAGCUUUCCCAGUAAAAAAGCCCUGUGUCCUCCGUGCUGCUCUAGCUGGCUGCAAGCUGGCAGAUUGGAAAAAAGACUCCUCUAAACCCGAAAGCUACUUUUGACAGCGAGAAAUCACCAGCUUUGAGCCGGGCUGCAGCACGACAAAGUCAGCUUGAGGAGGGGAAAUAAAGGGCUCUCUUGACAAGCGUGUUAGAUUUUCAAGGGUAGGAGAAAUUGUUAAGAAAAACAAAGAGAGAGAAGUGAGAGGACUGUCAAAGCAGGUUAAAAAUAACUACCUGGGUAUUAUCUCCUUGUGCAGGAGUGUCUGCACGACAGCUGUGUCAGACCACGUCAGUCAGGCUGUAAUUGUGGUGAUUACUGUCAAUUAAAGCAGGAGGCAGGCCCACGUGCCGCGUGUGGAUGGUGAUGCUGCUGCUGGGGACGUGCCUGCUGUACUGCGCCCGCGUCACCGUGCCCAUCUGCGCCGUCGCCCUGAGCACUCAUUUUGGCUGGGACAAGAAGCAGUCGGGCGUCGUGCUCAGCAGCUUCUUCUGGGGCUACUGCUUGACGCAGAUCAUCGGAGGACAUAUCAGUGACCAAAUAGGAGGUGAGAAAGUCCUCCUCCUCUCGGCAUCAGCAUGGGGCUUCCUGACAGUCAUCACCCCGCUGCUCACACACAUCUCUUCUGCCCAUCUCGUCUUCAUGACCUGCUCCAGGUUCCUCAUGGGGCUGCUGCAAGGGGUCUACUUCCCAUCGCUGGCCAGCCUGCUGUCCCAGAGGGUCCGGGAGAGCGAGCGAGCCUUCACCUACAGCACGGUGGGGACCGGCUCACAGUUCGGGACACUGGUGAUCGGUGGUGCAGGAUCUCUGCUCCUGGACUGGUACGGCUGGGAGAGCGUCUUCUACUUCUCUGGCUUGCUCACGUUGCUCUGGGUUUACUGCACCUGCAAGUACCUGCUGACAGAAAAAGAACUCACCAUCCCCAUAGAAUAUUUAACGAGAGGCCUCUCGAUGUCCAAGCAGAGCAAAGUGCCCUGGAAGCAGCUGUUUACGAAGGCGCCCAUAUGGGCUGUCAUCAUCGCUCAGCUUUCUACAUCCAGCACGUUUUUCACUCUCCUCUCCUGGCUGCCCACUUUCUUUAAGGAAACUUUCCCCGAGUCAAAGGGUUGGGUGUUUAACGUAGUCCCCUGGCUGGUGGCAAUUCCAACGAGCUUGUUCAGUGGAUUUCUGUCUGAUCAUUUAAUUAACCAGGGGUACAAAACCAUCACCGUUCGUAAGUUCAUGCAGGUCAUUGGCUCCGGUGUCUCCAGCGUUUUUGCUCUGUGCCUGGGCCAGACAUCCAGCUUUUGCAAAGCCAUAGUGUUCGCCUCGGCCUCGGUUGGACUCCAGACCUUUAACCACAGUGGUAUUUCAGUAAACGUGCAAGAUUUGGCCCCCUCCUGUGCUGGCUUGCUGUUCGGUGUUGGAAAUACAGGUGGAGCCCUCCUAGGAGUCAUCUGUGUGUACUUGGCUGGCUACCUGAUCGAAACGACGGGCUCCUGGACUUCUGUCUUCAACCUGGUGGCUGCUGUCAACAGCAUCGGGCUCUGUGCAUUCCUGGUGUUUGGGGAGGCCCAGCGGGUGGACACGGACUCUGCCUACAUUGACCUGUAGAGAGGAGUCCAGCAAGCAGAGGAAGGAUAAGGGAGCUCAAAUCCACGUGUCAUUGUUGCACAAGUGCCAAAGAAUAUUAUUUUUUGUAGGCAUUUAACAAAAAAUACUGAGACCAAGUACUUAGUGGGUCUGAAUGAAACCCACGCCAAAAAGACUUCUAGAGUUCAUUUUUUUUUUUGCUCAGGGCAGGGCUGAUGGCCUGUGGAGCCAUCCAGCUCAACAUCUCCAGUGAGAUUUUGGCCUUGGUUUGCCCCAGUCCCGUUUCCAGUGGGCAGACACCCAGCUGGGCUGCCCUGCUAGGUGGGGCUGCAGUUUGCACUCCCAGCGUAUUGAUAGAGCCGCUUCGCCGUGUGGAGCAUCACUGCCUCCAUGCUCUGCCUCCCUGUGAUCGUGUGGAGGACUGCCAGCUCUUGGACCACCGCUCAACACAUUUUUGUCUGAACUAACAGAAAGGAAGAACCCCAAAGAACAUACCUCUGACCUUAACCAUCCCUCGCGUGCCUUCGUUUUGCAGCCCGCUCGGCAGGCACAGCCCAGGUGCACAAGGGACUGGGUUGUGAGACAAAUCCAAGGCUUCCCUUUGGGGCAAGCGAGGAUUUCUGGCUGGGUGCCUGCUGUGCACCGUGGGCAGGACGUUGCAUCCAUCCUGCAGACCACAGCAGACCGCUCUCAGCAGCCCAAGGGCUCCCUCAGUGUCUGAGCCCGGUGGGAUGCAGGACACCACGUGUUGUAGGGGCAGCCCAGGAAUCCUCCAGGAGCCCUUUUGCCCCACGCUGUGAAUGUAGAAGGAUUGGUCAUGCUCAGUGCUACGGGUCCGUGCUCCCAAACGCUCUCUGCUGCAUCAGACGUGUCCUUCACGAGCUCUCAGAGGGCUGCGGGAGAUUUUCCAAAGAGCCUGCAGUGGGCACCUUUUGUUUCUCCUUCAAGCAUAAAGGGAAUUUCUGCAUCAGAGACCCUUAGUACUGGGUGUGGAUCCGUGCUGUUCCCCGUGUCAGGGGGAAAUACGUGGCUGUUCACACCUCUGAGCCUGAAUGUCUUAAGUUAUUUAUAAAUAUUUUUAAAUUUAACUACCAAAUUCUAUAUUUUAUGUACUUGAGGCCUGAUUCUGCAUGCUUAUUUUCUGUGGUACUCCCACCGAAACCCACAGUAUUUCCAGAGGGGAAGGAUUUACCAGCCUACAGAUUCUGGUUUUGUACGCUCUAUUUUAAAUGUGACAUUUAAUAUUAAAGUAAGUCAUUGCUUUUCCUCCCACCCCUUGCUUGCAGCCCAAGUUUUGGAGCUGAGAACAAUUCAGUGCCACUCGGUUAGCGAGGAGGGCACAGCCAGCAUCACGGCUUUGGCUUUGCAGCUGCUGAAACUGCACUCACCGUGCAGGAAAACUGCAGAUUCAGGUCCUUAAAAAAAAAAUAAAAAUCAUGCUUAUCCUUUUGUUUGGGACAGCUUUCUUGGAGGAUACCUUGCUGCUUCUGAAUAGGUGGGCUGAUAAUGAAAAUGUUUAACUGCAGACACAGUAAUGGUGCCGCUAAGCUGAGCUGAGCUACUUAUUGGGGGUAUUAAGAGAGAAAGAUAGAGCUGCCUGGUGUCUUCUCGAGGGAAAAUAACAUCGGUGUGGUCCAAGUUGGGGCCAGAGAGAUGAGUACUUUUUUUCUUCUUGCUUGCUUUUUUCUCUAAGAGGCUGUUUGCUGCCAUGGGUCCAGCCCUGUGGCUGGGAUGCUGCAGAGCCAGGACCCGGACACUGCUGGGGAGCUUCUUAAAAUCAGCAGGUAACGGGGGGCAAACUCAGCACAGGCUGGCCAGCCAGGCAUCUCUGCCAGCCCUGUCCCUCCUCCAGCUGAGCAGCUUGCUUGCAUGACCUUUCCUGUAGAAACACAGAAAAAAAAAAGUGUUUUUUUUUUUUUUUUUCUUUUUUUAAAAUAUCUUGGCCAUUCAGUGGUGCAGCUCAGGAGAACAAGGAGUGGAUCCUGGUUCUUUUUUUUUUUCUGCUUGCACUGUUUCUCAUGGAAGAGUUGAAUUCCAUCAGUUUAAAUCACGUUCACAUGAGGCAGCUGGGCCACCCCUUGUAUCUGCAGGCUGGGAGAUGUGGAACUGAGAUCAUCAAAGGAAAGUCAAAGUCCCAAAUGAUCAAACCGAUGAUGCUGGCUGUGCCUUCCUUGUACAACAGCUAGAGCUUUGGUGGGUUGUCUGCAUUAUCUGUCUCUGUAAACUGGCCAAUAUGUUGUAGAACUGAGGCUCAGGUUUCAUCACAUUCAUACAUCUCCAGUGAAGUAUUGAAACCCUUUUGCAUAUCUGUACGAUUAUUAGUUUAAGCAGCCUUGCCAAAGCUUGCUGAGAGAUUUUUUUGUUACGGAAAGACCUAAAAAAUAAAGGCAGCAAAUCAUUUGCACACUGA